GUAAAGCUGAGGAGAAAUGCCCUCUACUCUUCAACGCUGGCUUUCCACGAGCUGAUGUCCCCAAGAAAAUGUCCGCGCAGCAGCCUGCAUCUCUGCGCACGUUGCCGCAGCGCCUCUACCAUGCUGUAACGAAGGGUGCGGGCUUCUAUCCACUCAAGGGAGUGGUGUACUUCAUCUUUCACCCGUUCCUUUACCCGCUGUUGCGCUCGCGCCUACUCCCCGCCACUCUUCUGAGCCUCUUCAUCCUCUUCAACCUCUUCUUCUGGACAUACCUCAUACAGGUCGCUUUCUUGAUGAUCUGGCAGGGUCGGUCCGCUUGGUUUAAUGCCACGGUGUUAGUGCUCGGUGAGGGCGCAGCUAUCGUCGCGCUUCUGUUCGAGGCAUUCUUUGUCGACGAAACACAGGUCGAUAUAUUCGAUUCCGUGCUCGUAGCCAAGAAUCACGAGGCUCUUGUCGCAAAGAGUAGACCUGUGGCGCCGAGUGAGGAGGGCAGCAUCGAUCCAUACAGGAGGUUGGGGAAGCCAGUCAAGAGCGCUGUGUUUGCGCCGUUUUCAUUGCGACAGAUCGUGGAAUUGGUGGUGCUGCUGCCGAUCAACUUUGUGCCCUACGUUGGAGUUCCCUUGUUCCUCAUAGGAACUGGAUAUAGAGCCGGCCCGCUUUUGAUGUGGAGAUAUUACAAACUGAGAGGCAUGGGAAGAAGGGAACGCAAGGCGUUCAUCAAGCGGAAACGUUGGAGCUUUGCAUGGUGCGCAAGCGCAAUUGAGCUGACCGGAAUUUGUGAGCUAACUUCUCAGGACAGGUUUGGCACUGUUCAUCUGGUUUUGCAGCUCGUGCCGGUUUUGAACAUGUUCUUCCUUCUCACAACUGCAGCCGGCUCCGCACUAUACGCCGCGGACGAAGAGGACAGGCGGCUUGCGGAGGAAGAAACUCAAGCGGCGUCGCAGCAAUAUCAUGAUGAUCCUAUAUAGCAAUUACAAACUAACUCGCGGUUACGUCUGUUUGAUAGUUUGUUCCAACAACUAUCUUUGUUCUGUCCGGGUCCGAAAUCAACCUCGCUAUUCGCUCUCUGUUCGAUAGCCUUCGACUUGGCUACUAUCUCUACUGUUGCAGAUUUGGGUCAGGACCUCUGCAAAUGUCCAAGAAUGCAAGAUGGUCACGUCGCAAGAACAGGAUUGUUGGCAACGUUCUCUCUUUUAUGAUUGCCAAUGACCCUGAACGUAGCAGUAAAACCCAACCGCUGAGAAAGCCUUCCGAACACGUUGGAUGCUAUCUGUGCUAUUGUUUUUGUUCCAGCUCCAAAGACUGUCAAUAUCAUGGCUGAUAUCUGUUGUCUCAAAUCUUCACGGCCAAAGCUGGGCCGGCAGUAAUUAUACAUGCAGGAGCAAAAAUAUUCUUGGCAGACGAAUUCUGAAUUCAGAGUCAACACAUGCUUUGUACUGACGCGUUGUAUGGGGUAACUAGCUUGUGUGUGGCGUUGGUGUCGGCUCGGAUUGAAAAGCAGGUAAUAGACAUCCCACGAUCAUCUUGGCGGCCGAGAUUGACCAGG